CAACUAAGGAACCCUACGUUUUUCGUUCUCCUAGCAAACAAUCCUUCCAAGUACUUCAUAUCUACUGAUAUAUUGUCAACUAACAAUACCAUGCCGCAAAAAAGUGCCUGCAUUCAAUGCCACACAAAGAAGCGCCGAUGCGGCGGGCAGAUUCCGGUAUGUGACCGUUGUCGUCGUCUCUCGCUCGAUUGUCACUAUCCAGAAUCGAGGCGCAAAACGGGCCCAAAAAGGGCCCAUCUAGGACCCUUGUUCACUAAGUUGGCCGAAAUCGAAGAAACAAUUAAUAUAGAUUCUACUUAUCGUCCCUCUAGUUCCAUAGAACAGAACGAUGAAUCUAGUGCUGGUUCAAGAGAAAUCAUGAGUGUUCUGGACCAAAAUAGUCUACAACCUACCAACUCUCUAGACUUGGAGCUUGGAUGGAUGGGAUCUUUCCUGCCAGUGGAAACAGAAUUGCCACAAGAAUCCUUAAGCGAAUUGUGUCACAUUUUUUUCAGGGACAUUCAUCCCACUUUGCCAAUUCUUCAUCCUUCUAAGUACUUCCACAAGAAAAAUCUACAUAAAUCUGACGAUGGUAUUCGAUGUCUGAGAUACAUUGUAUGGAGCCAUGCAGCCAGCGUCUGUGAAAGUUUAUCGCACAUGAGGGAUCGAUUCUAUGAGCAAGCCAGAGGCUAUGCAUGCGCGAAUGAAAUGAAUGACAAUGUGGGAAUUUCUCUUAUACAGUGCCAGGCUCUAGUCUUAAUCAGCUAUUACGAAUAUAAACACGCCAUCUUCCCUCGGGCAUGGUUAACGGCAGGAAAAGCUAUGAGACUUGCGCUUGUUUUGAAGCUACACCGUAUGGAUUCCGGGGUGCACUGGAAUUCCACCCUCGAUGUUUCAGAUGAGUGGGUUGAGCUGGAAGAGCGGCGUCGAACUUUCUGGUCGGCAUUCUGUGUGGAUAGCUAUUCUGGCUUUGGUGGGGGAUUUUUAUCAAUGACUGACGAGAGUGAUAUAUCCACGUACCUACCAUCCGAAGACGAGGCAUUCGAAAAUGACACGAUUCCCAAAAAUGUCUCACAUACGCUUGCGACAGCUCUUCAACUAGAAACCUCGCGUAGUCUAUCCUCUUUCGGAAGCGCGGUGGUUCUCUCGUGGCUCGCCGCGCGGACGGCCAAUCAUCUACGCACCCAAGACGACCAGAAAUAUUGGGAAAAUCAUCAUGUGAUUGACGCACAGUUGCUUCAGAUUAGUUUAUCUCUACCAAGCCACCUAAAAUUACCCGGUGGAAUUCAUCAGCCCAACGUCGUGCUGACGAAUAUGUUAUUGCAUGCAUUAACUGUGUCUUUGCACCAAGCGGCAGUUUCCAAGGCCACAGAAGAUCCAGUUAAAAAGCAUCUGGCAUGGGAAAGCAAUAUGAGAUGCUUGACCUCGGCUUCUGAAAUCGCUAAUAUUGUUAAAGAAGUGACACAGAGCAAUUUGGCAGCAAUCCACGUCCUCACGCCAUUCUGUAUCUUCGUAGCAUUAAGGUAUCUAAUGACUCAACCCCAGCGAGAUGCACCGGAAUCCAAACAGACUUGUCAGUUCUUGACGGACGUCCUAGGAUCGUGUGUGGCCAAGCAGAACAACCUGCUGGCUGGAUUGUUCCUACACGCUAGGAUUCUACAAUUAGAAGGGCAGCCCGUCAAUCAAUCUGUGAGGAGAUAUCUUCCGGCUCCAAAGCACAACAAAAACUCAUCCGGAUGUCUAAUACUAACUGGAGGUGUUUGUCAUUCUUUUCAAAAGUCCAGAGGCAGUGGCUAGGGUUAGACUGGAUCCGAUAAUUUGCGAAGGUUGCUAAUUGCAAAUAUAUUAUAUAAUACAAACAAUAAUCUUUAUUUUGUCGCCCUAUUGAUCUCUGGUGUAGUAAUAAUCCUAUCACCAACGCAUCAUAUCCUUAUUAUUA